GAGGAGCUGAGCUCAUAUAAAGCAGGGAGGAGAAAGGAUGAAGCUAGAUUGACGAAUACUGGCUCGCAAGCGCACACACGCAUGCACACGCGCACACAGACAGGUGCCUUAAAGAUGAAGAGGCUUGCAUUCGCCUUUGCUUUGUGCCACUUUGUAGUUGAUGUCUACUCGACUAGUUCGAUUGACUGGUGUUAUCAUGACCCAGCUUGUGAUGACAGAACAUGGCCGGUUUUAUUUGGAGAUUUUUGCAAUGGCAGCAGACAGUCGCCCAUAAACAUCGUGACUGCUGAUGCCACGGAAAACGCAAGCCUGACUGAGCUUACUUUCACAAACAUCGACAACACCGGCAUCCUGGCAAACAUAACCAACACUGGCCGGACAGUCAGAGUGAAUUUUAAUAGAGGGGUGCAGGUUUCAGGAGGGGGUCUCUCCGAGCCCUACGACAGCCUGCAGUUCCACUUGCACUGGGGCAACCGCUCAACUGUUGGUGGCUCUGAGCACACCGUCAAUGGGAGACGCUACCCAAUGGAGCUGCACAUCGUCAACAUCAAGUCCAGAUUUAAUCUGAACACAAGUCUCGCCCUCGAAGACCCGACGGGAGCUGCUGCUCUUGGCUUUUUCAUUGAGGCAGAUAGUAGCGUUAAUACUAGCCAACCUUGGCGCGACCUCAUCGGCUACCUGUCUCAAAUCCCACUUGCUGGUGACCUUGUCAACAUUACCAGCGAUAUCCCACUGAGUGGCCUACUGGAAGGUGUGGACUUCUCAAGAUAUUAUCGUUACCUCGGCUCGCUGACCACGCCCACCUGCAGAGAAAUCGUCGUCUGGACCGUCUUUAAGGAUACCAUCAGAAUCAGCCCUGAGAUGAUUGACCUCUUUAGCACGGAGCUGCGCAUCGACAAUACAACUGAUUCGCCGCUCAUGGUAAACGUCUUCAGGAACAUCCUGCCGGAUCUGCCAGUCACCACCCAGCCUGUGAGGGAAGAGACGGACAACUCAGUGAAAUCUUGCGCCUCUCUGGCUCUGUUGGCUCUCAGCCUGGUAUUGAGCAGCUGUUAGAACCGUCCCCAGUUAUACUUUUGCAGAUCUUUUGCCACCCUUUAAUCAUCCAAUUGCUAUACUUUUGUAUAUGUGCAUGUAACCUAGUCUACCUUAAAAUAAGAGUCAGAUUGUCAUUAAGACUGAUGUAGUUAAAGGACGUCAAACUGACACCAACACCUCGCAAAUAUUCUUAAAGUUGCCAAAUAUUGUCAUUUAUCUUUGUUUGUCUUAAGUUGUAAUAACAGCUGCCACAUAAUAUUUUGUUAAUUAUUUUAAUGGAUGCAAUUUGUAGGUGCAGCUCAAUUUGUUCAGUGUUCAAUUUGUGAGUGUUAGAGGCUCAUUCCUGCUAAAUGUGGGUGAUGUGGUCCAAUAAGUAUCAUCAAACAUGUGACACUUUACUGAGUGCCAGUUGUGGCCAGUUGUGGCCAGAUACCACUACCCUGCCAUUGUGUGUGGAUGUACUAUAUGGCGGCUUUUUAAAGUUCACACCAAUGUUUAUUUUUUUUCCAACUCUUUUAUUAUAAAUUGUUGGUAUUUUUAUGA